AUGCCAAUGAGCGAGGCUAUCGGAACCCCAACACCGUCGAUUACUUUGUGUAAGUACAUUUCAAACUAGUCGUAUAACCUUAUCUAAACUAUUGAAAUACAUUAACGCAAACCCAUUGCUUGUUCCGAAAAAUCUGACUGGGCAUGUCCUAAGUCAGUUUUCCUGACUUCAAUCGUAUCGUAACGUAUCGUACCAUUUUCUUUUGUGUCGAAAUCAUUAGCUUCACGCCAGUGCUCAGAAAACAAAGAAAUACGCUACGCUUCGAUGUGAUUGAAGUGUAAAACAGGCAUUAGCCAAUAAAAAUGUUAUAAACGCUCCGGUAUAGUUUAGUGUGAAACUCGUUUCAUAGUUCAUGAAGAAAAUUGAAACGAAAUCAGUGUUUAAUGAAGUGUUCUACCCGCAUACACAAAAUGUUUUUGAUUUGCAUAUCAACGUUUUCCUCCAUUUUCUCAGUUAAAAUCACUUCAAAUAAUUUGAUUUGUUGGGUUUUUGAGAGUUUUCGCUCGUUUUCAUUUCACCAACUUUAUACGUUUUAAUUUAAAUUGAAUACAUGGUAGUGUUGGGAAGGCAUUAAGAACAGCAAAGCAAGGUCUCGUGCCUGCCAACUCUCAUGCACUCUCAUGCUCGUUUGAUCCAGACUUUAAUAUCCAGUCAACUUUUAUCAACUCUCAUGCAACUCUUGUUCUCGUUUGACUGGGGCGUGAGAGACGAGAAAACUCUCAUGCAAACUUUCGCUUCUCAACUCUCAUCAACUCUCAUUUUCGUUUGACCAGGACUUUAUUCGGACUCGUUUUAAUUUUUAUUUUUUUAAUUGCUUUUCAUCCACUCAAAUGACAAGUUUCAACUAAAUCUUCGUCCUACUGAAAUCUAAACCUUUCAAUAUCACGUUAUUCGUUAAUGAUAUUUUUCAGAAGAAUACUUUAAAAACGGAAAUUUUGAAGUAAAUAUUUCAAGAAAACGUUGAUCUUAUAUAAUCCUCUGUAAUAUUUUAUUUUCUUUCACUUAUGUAUCUAUAAUCUAAUGUUGAAUAUUCCUCUUCAGUGAAGACAGUUAACGUUACGACCCCGCUAUGGCCAACGAGCAAGGCUAUCAUAACACCAACUACUUUGUGUAAGUAUACAUUUCAAAGUAUUCGUAAUUUUAUCUAAAUUAUUUAAAUACUAUCGCAAACCUGUUGCUUGCCCAAAAAAUUUGACUUGACAUGUCCAAGCCGAUAAAAAUGUUAUAAAUGCCCCGGUCGUAUAGUUUAGUGUGGAACUCAUUAAUAGUUCAUGCAUGAGCGAAUUCAAAAGAAAUCAAUGUUUAAUGAGGCGUUGUUUCACCAUAUACAAAAUUCUCCUCAUUUGCAUAAACUUUUUGAGUUGUCGAGAGUUUAAGUUUUUAUUUUAUCAACUCGUAUGAAAUUCUUCUUCUCGUUUGAACCGGGACACGAGUUGAGAAAACUUUCAUGCAAACUCUCGCUACUCAACUCUCAUUAACUCUGAUUCUCAUUUGAACCGAGCUUUAUUGACUUCAUUUUUAUUGUUUUAAAUUUCCUUUAGUAAAUCCAAAAAUCGUGAACAUAACAGCAAGUUCCGAGACACUUUUUGACGACAUCUAUUUAAGGUGUGAAGUUCAGGGGAAUCCUUCACCUAAUGUUUGGUGGACUAAAAACGGUAGCUAUAUACAAGGUUACAACAUCGAGUUUCAAGAUAACAACAGAACUCUUAUCAUCACGAGAGCUGUUUCUGACGACGUUGGAACGUAUUACUGCCACGCAAGAAACAACGUGUAUUAUGUUAAUGCAUCUUUUGUACUAUACUUGACAUGUAAGGUUUUUUAGCUUUCACUCUGUGGUUAUUGAAAUUUUAUCAAUGAUUUUUUGGAUUCCUAACUGAAUUUUCUCUAUUUGAUGAGUACUCAAAGAGUAUUAUACUGUUAUUAUUAAUAUUAUUAUUUUUGUGCAAUAUCAUUCUGUCCUGGCCUCUUGUUCAGAGACCUACCGAAUGAUGCGGGACGGAACGCAACAUCGUUUUACCCACUACAACAAGAUUUUGACCCGGAAACUAAAUUUAAGACACGAUGGAUUUUGCAAUUGGUUGAUUAUAUAAAAAGUAAAAAAAGGAUAAAAUUAUAGAAAUCGUCUUUCUAAAAAUGAAGUCACAAACAGCAACCGAUCGUCACUUUUGUUUUAGCAAUCAAUCGAAGAUCAUGUUCGUGUUAUUUCGGCUCCGUUGACUUUGGGUAUUUGCAUGCUGGCCGUGUUUUGUUAGUCGUUUUAUUGUCAUGGAUUGUGAUCAGGGGCGCAACUUGACUGUACGUAUUAGGGAGGGCGGGGGGAGUUCUUCUUGCCCCUUCUGUGGAUUGUAUUUUGCGCCUUUGUGGAUUGUACAAAUACAACUUUUUUUUACUUAAUAAUUAUUUCACUGAAAUGUUUUGAAGAAAGAGAUGAAAUGUUUUAUGUGCUAUACUGUUUUAUUAGUUGUUAUUAUGGGGUAUAAUUAUCAAUCAAAAGUAAUUGUUAAUUGUGAUUUUUUGUAGAUCCUCCUAAUACUGUUAUCUAUACAUCGAAUGGUUAUUAUGUUGAAUUGUACAAUGGAGAAAAGGGUGUUGGCAUUCGCUGUUUUGGUGCAGGGUAUCCUAACGUACGAGUGACUUGGAAAAGAAAUGGAGUUGAAAUUUUGGAAUUCUCAAACUCUUCUCUAAAUACCAGGGUGUAUCAGGAAAGACUAAAAUUAGGGCUUACUUCUGCCGAAAGUGAUCUCUCUUUCAAAGAAUUCUACUGCAACGAUACAGGAAUUUAUACAUGCGAAACCUCCAGGGACGGAUCUGAUUCCGUUGCUACAAAAUCUAUUGAAUUGAAAUGUAAGUAAAUGAUAUGUACCUACUUUAUGGUUUGUAUGAAUCGGACUUUCAUUUAUUAUUACAUCGCAACGCCAAAUAUGGAUUCUUCAAUGUAAUUUUGUCCUCAGGCGUUUACCUCUUGUGGAGGAAAGACCCUGGUAGGAGCUGUCACGUGAUCUGCUAAAAUUUUGCCAAUUCAUUGAUGACGAUGUUCAUAAAUAUUUGGUAUUUAUGCUUUAAUUUAUAACUUGCAUUUUGUUUUGCAAGUUUGAUUUGAUUUUAGAGGAAUCCAAGAUAGUUAGUUAGAAAUUUGCUAGAUUUUAGCAGAACACUUGACUAGCUCUAACUAGGGUCUUUUCUCCACAAAAGGUAAGAGCCUGGCAUUGGGAACGAGGUUGACAAUAAUAUGCUAUGACUGAGCGCUGAACGAAAUUUGCGCAUCCACUCUGUGGACUAUAAAAGCGCGGCAAUAUUUUCAAAUAUAAACAAAUCUAAUUCAACUUAUCAUUUUUGGAGGCAAGCUACAGUCACAGUGUAGAUCCGACUCAGCCAAAUACCCGUAACCACUGCAACACCGCCAUGAUUAACAAUGAUUUGCCAAAGAAAUGCGCUCGCGAUGUUCCUAACCAACGCGUUUACGGUCGAGGCGCAUUCAUUCACCUGAGCGUCCGCCAUUUUGAAUGUUUUCAAGGACGUAAAUGCAUGUGUCUCGUAAGCAGUGGCAGAUUACUGGUGAAUGACUGAGCUGUUGGUUAGGUAAAUUUGCGAGCCUUGAGAUUAGACGGAACGACAACGAAUGUGUACAUGCAACAUGGCUCAUAAAUUUCUGGAUCAUUAAUAAAUUCAGCCUUUGUUGACGUUUGCGUUCCGUCCGUUCCUUUAAGUGGGGCGAGCCUGAGCGAGCCCCACAGUUUUGGUGGCUCAUCGAGCUCAAGCGCAAUGCAUUAUGGUGCGUAUAUUUCCCGAUAUAAUCACCUCACCUUCGGUGAAUAAUUGUUAAAUAUCAAUAAUUGAAUAAUAAUAAUGAUAAUUGAAUAAUUGUUAAAUAUCAAUAAUUAAAUAAUAAUAAUUGAAUAAUUGUUAAAUAUCAAUAAUUGAAUAAUUGUUAAAUAUCCGAAGGGCGGAGUGUUUUCACACAAUUUCGAGUUUUCCCAAUUUCCACGAGUGUUGAUAUAUUUUAACUAUACAUAGUAACAGGGCCGCCGAGAGGUUGGCGUAUUUUGGUAUUUUGUCCAAAAAAACAAAUAUCUUGCCCUUUGCGCGAAAAUAUUUGACCCAAAAAGAACCUGGGGGCCCGGGACAAUUUGCCCCCCUCUCGGCGGCCCUGCAUAGUAAUAGUAAAUAAGACACACCUGCACACUUGUCAACAAGAUGUGUUUCCAACAGGCUUGUUAACAAGCUUGUCAACAAGUUGUAACAAUGUUGUUAUUUUAUCAAGUUGAUACCAAGUUGUUAAAUUGGAGGAUGGUAUAACAAGUUGUUGGAACAACUUGUAACAAGUCUGUUGAAUCAACAACCUUGUAGCGAGUUGACCCGAGGCAAAUUUUCAUACUGUUAUUUAAAAUCUUUAACAGGUAAUUCGAGUAGUUCCACCCAGUCCACUCAGUCUACCCGGUGGCCACCGACUACCUUCGUACCAACACCAACACCAACAGUACCUUGGCGUAAGUGUAUAUUAUGAAAUAUAGUUAAUCUUAUAAGAUACAUUACAGAACAUCUCUUAUCCGCAGAAUCGUUUUAAUUGAAAACGCGUGGAUCAAGGGAUAAUGGAAACAAUUACGUCGCUCACUUUUCCCAUUCUUCCAAUGAUACCUUAACCGCUUUCACCAAUUGCCCGAAUGCGUUAUGUUUUCUCACCUUUCCGUGUUAGAGCCCGCAUUUUCAAUUAAUUAAAACACCUCUGCAUAUGGAAGAAAAAGUUACAGAACACCUCUUUCCAAAGAAUUGUUAUAAUCAUUCACGACGUACUGCGAAUGUUUUAAAAUGCUUCAAAAAUGAUCGAUCUAGUAAGUUCAUUGGAGAAGUAAUUUUCAAAAAAUACGUUGUGUAAGUCGAGAAAAUCAAAGUUAAAGUUUAUGUAAAUCAACUAAUCAAGGGAAAUCUCUAUCACAUAUAAAGAUACAACACGCUUAUGAUUUUUCUUAGAAUGUUAGGGUAGAAUUGGGGAUGUAGAAGCAAUAAGAUUUUGAAUUAAUUCUAAUAUUAAUUCCAUUCUAAUAUUAAUUCUAAUAUUAAUUCCACCAAGUGAAGUGCAGAAUCUAAGUUAUGAUUUUUCUUUGUGUUUUAAAUGCGUUUUUGAGCAAAGUUUUUCUAUCUAUCGAUCUUCUAUCUAUCUUACCUUUCCUUGCCUUAACUUUCCUGACCUCGCUUAUUGCAGCACCUGCAAGCUUAUAUGUGAUGCCAGACAAUCCAACAGUGGUUGAAAACAGUUCUAUUGUUUUGUCUUGUGAUUGUGGAUGUUCAAUCCGACCGCAUUGGUUAAAAAACAAUCAAUUGAUUCGGUACGACGGAUCUGGAUCUCCAUACACAUUGUUGGCAAAUGGAAGCUUGCGUAUCAAUGCUUCCAGAUGGAUCAAUACAACGGGAAACUACAGCUGCGAAAUUAGAACGUUUUUUUGGCGUGUGAGAUCAAAGCAAGUUAAACUAGAAAUAUGGUGUAAGUAUAGAUUUAUAAGAUCUCAAAUUGUUUUCUGCUUAUCUCCAUAAACUUUCUAUGGUUAAUCUGCAGCAAUUAUAACCACUGUGCUCUUUAUCUUUUAAAGGCACAGUUCAGCCUUUUGAAUGAUGGUCUUUAAGGCACAUUACAACCCUUUUAAUUGAAAACACUAACUAGGAAAAGCAUAAUCCAAGAUCAAUCAACUCAAGGUUUUCAACAUUAAAAAAUGUUAAAAAAUGUUAAAAACAUUGAGAUCACUGCAUGAUCUUGAAUUAUGUUUAAUUGAUUUCCCUAGUUAGUUUUUUUUUAAAAUUAAAAUUAAUUAAAAGGGAUGUAAUGCGCCUUAAAACCCAUCAUUCAAAAGGCUGAACUCUAAGGACGACUUCUUCUGCCUAGUUCCGGUUGAUCCGGUGUUGGCUGUUCGGUUUUUCAUCCUCUAUUAUUUUCAAAUAGGCCUCGUUUUCGUGAUUGAGACGCUUGGAUUUAACUAAUUUCACACACACGAAAUCGAGGCUCUAUAGCCAAAAUGACAUACUUUCCCGAAGGGAGUAUUGUUUUAUCCACAAUAAGUUCUUUGAUAUAUUUUAUCUUCUUUUAGACAGUCCAUAAUUCACUUUUUCUUCCAAGGGUCAUGCUGAGGUCUCCCAUUUUUCAUAAUGGUAGUUCUAAAAGUUAAAAAUGGGUAUUUCUAAAACUUAAAAUGUCAGUUCUAAAUAAAAUUAAGUUUUUGUGUUUCAUGUAAAAAAAUUACUUUUUAUAUAAAUUAAGCAUUCACAAAGAGAUUUAAGGAAAAAAACAAUAUCAAAUUUCACUCUGAAGACAUAGCUAGCAAAUGGCCAUUCCGGACUUCAAAAAUUCUAAAUUUUCUAAGCGAGCAUACCAAUGCAUCCCCAGCUAUUCUGGAAUCGACUACUAACCAGAAUAAUGCCUCACCACUGCCUCACUGUCUGUUCUCCUUGUUAAAGUUGGCAGUUCCAAAUUUUUCUUAGGAUGACCCUUGUUUUUUCGGUCGCCUCAUCCUCUAUUGCCUUUUACUUCAACCUUCAUAAUGCUUCUGUCCAGCUAUCGUUCAUCUCUUCUUAUUUCGUUUCUAUACCUUCUCAGCCUUGUUUCCCUCACCUUCUCUGCUUCUCCUGUUUUUGCCAACACGGACCUCACCUGAAAAUUAGUAUAAUUGAUCUUGGCGGCAUUUUGUAUCACAGCGCUCGCGCAAGGAAGAAAACAAAAAUCUUAUGUGUUGUCAUAAUUAUGUGUUGAAGAUUACCACAAACUGAUACAAAUACAGUAUUUAAUCCAGUCCCCCCUCUGAAAUUUGACGUCCGUGUUGACAAAAACGUUGUAUAUGUUAUAAGCUCUUAUGUGUAAUAUAGUUCAUAAUGACCAAUAUAUUUUAUGAUUUAUAGAUUUAGAUGAUUGUUAUGUAACAGGCGGGCAAGAAAUUUAUCGAGGACAAAACAUUAGCUUGACUUGUCAUGGAAACGGAGUCCCAUAUCCUACAUUUAGAUGGUAUUUAGGUGGACAACAACUUAAGACGAAUUCGCGGAUACGAAUACAGGGAAACCAGUUAAACAUUUUCAAUGCUACUUUAAACGAUGACGGAAAAUAUAAAUGUGGUGCUUUUAAUCAAAUCGGCAAGGUUUGGGAUGGAGUGAACGUUACAGUAAAAGGUUUGUAACCUUUUCUUCAGCUUGAAUAACGUUCACCAUUGAUUUCUAGAAUGACUGACGAAGCAGAUGAAAAAUUCAUCGACACAAUUACUUCAUUCCUUCUUAUUUUUAAAACUAGACGGGAGAAUUUUUUUUCUAAUUAUGAAUGAAACGGUCUGACAGUUAUUGAGUAUAGCAGUAAGAUAUAAUUUAUAAUAGUUUUGUUUGUGGAAACACCACGUAUAUAUAAAACUAUUAUAUGUUUUAUCGCUAUGCAAACAUACAAAGAACUUAAGAUAUAACUUGUUUUGACUUGUGAAAGACGCCAGGUUACUGUAUUAUUGCAUUAAGGAUGAAGGGAUCUGCGUUUGCGGAUCGACAGUUUUGCAAUAAUAAAUAAAGCGCAGGGGUUUUUCUUACUUAUAUUUUGACCGUUCAAGAUUAUAUUUUAAUUAAAUACGAAACAAUAGACACUCCAUAAAUUUUUAACAUUUUCAUUCUCUGCGUUUCGACUAUUACUUUGUAGCUACAACGUAAUAUUUGAAACGUAGAGAAUGAACAUGUUAACAAUAUAUGGAAUGUCUAUUGUCUAAUUUGGGUUUAGUUAAAUAUUAAUUACAAAGACUAUAUGUGUAGUAAAUACUGUAUUUUAGGGUAAAAAGUCAAUCUUUCUUAGAGAAUUUAAGAAUCUAUUGUUUUUUUACUAGAUAUUCCUUCUAUUGGGAUUUCGUCAAGUGCAUCGAAAUAUACUUUAGAGGGCAAAACAAUUCGCUUUAUAUGUCAAGGAGAAGAUCGGAGCUUUCUUCCCAUUCAGAAGAUAGAGCUAGUUAAAGAUGGAGUUCCCUUCUAUCAACGGCUGGUGAAAGUGCAGUCUUCUUUUUGGUAUUAUACCACGCAAUGGUAUAGUGCAAGACAAAAUGACGCGGGAAAAUACCAGUGCAAAGUAACUAUUGGUGCAGCAUCACGAUACUCUUCCCCCUUCUAUUUAAUAAUCGGAAGUAAGUAGAGAAAAUACUUUUUUACUUUUUCAAAACACCUAGCUUGAUUAGCGUGGUAUAUUGAACUGAAAUUUAUUGAACGAAAAAAAGACUUAAGGUCUAAGAUCUACAUCGUCAUGGGAAAUUCGGCAUUUAAAACGAACAUUAACAUUAUCCUUCAAAUUAUUUUUCUUCAAUGGAAACAUAGAUCACAAACUCCAUAAAAGGACAGUGGCAUCCCCAAUGCGAGGGGAUCGUAGUGGAGAGGGGGCUGCCCCAUCCAUUUUCCUCAGAGUUUGUUAGAUUCGUUCAAAUUCGCUAAACAUUGGGGUGCAUUCGAUAAAAUUGUGGAAAAUUUAAGCUCCUUGACAUUUUUACACUUUUCAGCUUAUAUAGACUGUAGUAUGAUGUCCUAAGAUAUUGAUAUCCUAGGAUACUGUAUGAUAUCUUAAGAUACUGUAUAAUAUCCUAAGAUACUGUCGCGACGCAUUGUGAAAAAUCCUGGGUAUAAUGUAGGGAACAGGGUAAAUUAUUCUUCACAUAUGUAUAUGAUUAUAUAGUUCCAUCUGGACCUGUUGUUUUGGAAGAAACCAAAACUAGUACAACUGGGAUCAAAAUUUCAUGGAAACCUAUCUCAAGAACGUUUUGGAAUGGAGAGCAAAUAACGUUUGAAGUACUUGUUGUUUCUUCAGUGGAUCUUUCGAAGAAAAAAUCGUUUGUUACGAAAACAACCAGUGCAAUUAUUUCGGGCCUACGUCCAGCAACUACAUACAUUGUCAGUGUAGCAGGAAGUACAGUUUUUGGUCCUGUUCAAAAUGUUACCGUAACGGUGGAAACAAAAGAAAGUAAG